AUGUCAGAGGCAGAAGACACAACACCGGAAGUGGGUUACCUCGACGGCAAUGCGCCCAAGGUAAUCAACAAUGACAGCAUUUACCUCAUGCUAGGACUGGCUGUUGCAAUCGCCAUGGGCUGGAUAUUGGACAAAUCGUCGACUUUCAAGCGCUUCAACGCAAAGAACCGAGAGCCUUUCUGGGUGCUGCUGCUCGUUUUGGUCAGCUAUGGGUACCUAAUCCCAGGAUUAGUGGAAGUUCUCUUUAGCUUCAAUCUUGUCUUUGAUACUGGGUCUGGCGGAUUCUUCGGCAUUGGACCUGGAGCUGGAUUCAACGACGCGCCGCCAACCACAGAAACCAUGCUGGGAUUGGUCAAGCUGUUGUGGAAAACGGGCUCUCCUCUUGGUGCGGUUCUCGUGGUCUUCUAUGCGAUUGCCAUUCCUGUGACGAAGCUGCUGCUGCUUCUCGUUGGCAACCUGAUCCAAAAGGACUUGCCGACUGCCUCGAGAAGGUGCAUACAAUGUGUCCAGAACAUUUCCAAGUGGGCUUGCCCUGACAUGUUUGCCUACAUCCUGCUAAUGCAUCUUGUGAAAUCAUUGGCCCGACCGCCAUACCUGGUGGCAAAUGGAAGACUUGAUCUCGGCUUUACAUGCUUCAGUCUCUUUUGUCUUGGCUCCACCAUUGCGGCACUGGGCAUCCGCGUUCCAGAUCGCGAGCAUGGAUGCUUCCAGCAACUGGGCAAGGUGCUGACUCCCAAGCGGCUUCUGCUGGGGGUCAGUGUCCUCUUCGUACUGUUCGCUGUGCCAUUCUUCUGGGGCCUCAAUCAGACAGUCAUGGGUCUAAAAGUGGGCAAGCUGGACCCUAUGAUUGAGAUGACGUUGUCUUGGGUGGGCCUGACGCGGGAGAAGCUGAAGUCGGACGUCAGUGUCAUGAACUGUUUGGCUGGACUUGCCCUUGAGAUCUCUCAUGGCGAGGUCAACAGCCUCAUUGGCUUUCUCAUGUUUUCCGUAUUCGUGAUUGGGAUGACAUUGCUGGACAUGCUGGUCCUGCUGUGGAUCUCCAUCGCUGCUUGGAGAGGCCGCCCUGCGACUCGCUGGAUGCAGCUGUCGUGGGUUCUGAAGAAGCUGUCAAUGGUUGAUGUUACAUGCAUGGGCGUCCUGAUCGUGACAAUGUGCAUGGCAAUGUACAGGCAGUAUGUGAUUGUCGACAUGGGCUUUGGACAGUGGCUUUUGGUGACUUCCGAGGUGGUCCACUACAUCACCUACUACACUGUGAAAGGCUUUACAGAAGUCCAUGAAAAGCUCGAUCUGGGGAACCCGAUGCAGGGAGAUGAGGAAGAGGAGGAGACAGACCUGUCCUCCAGCGCCAGCACCAGUGUGGAGGAGGAUCAUGCCUGGCUCUGA